AUGAAUCAAAAUGCCUCAACUACAACACAGCUACCCAAAACUCAAACUCCCUCAAACACUGCGUUACCGCUACCUGACACCACAACAUCAUCUCAACGCAAAACUCAAACUCCCUCAAACACUGCGUUACCGCUACUUAACAACACAUCAUCUCAACACGAAACUCAAACUCCCUCAAACACUGCGUUACCGCUACCUAAUAUCACAUCAUCAUAUCAACACGAAACUCAAACUCCCUCAAACACUGCGUUACCGCUACCUAACAUCACAUCAACAUCUCAACACGAUACUCAAACUCCCUCAAACACUGCCUUACCGCUACCUAAUAUAACAUCAUCAUAUCAACACGAAACUCAAACUCCCUCAAACACUGCGUUACCGCUACUUAACAACACAUCAUCUCAACACGAAACUCAAACUCCCUCAAACACUGCGUUACCGCUACCUAAUAUCACAUCAUCAUAUCAACACGAAACUCAAACUCCCUCAAACACUGCGUUACCGCUACCUAACAUCACAUCAACAUCUCAACACGAUACUCAAACUCCCUCAAACACUGCCUUACCGCUACCUAAUAUAACAUCAUCAUAUCAACACGAAACUCAAACUCCCUCAAACACUGCGUUACCGCUACCUAAUAUCACAUCAUCAUAUCAACACGAAAGUCAAACUCCCUCAAACACUGCGUUACCGCUACCUGAUACCACAUCAACAUCUCAACGGGAAACUCAAACUCCCUCAAACACUGCGUUACCGCUACCUAACAUCACAUCAACACCUCAACGAGAAACUCAAACUCCCUCAAACACUGUGUUACCGCUACCUAACAUCACAUCAUCAUCUCAACGCGAAACUCAAACUCCCUCAAACACUGCCUUACCGCUACCUAAUAUCACAUCAACAUCUCAACACAAAACUCAAACUCCCUCAAACACUGCCUUAUCGCUACCUGACACCACAAAAUCAUCUCAACGCAAAACUCAAACUCUCUCAAACACUGCGUUACCGCUACCUAACACCACAUCAACAUCUCAACACGAAAUUCAAACUCCCUCAAACACUGCGUUACCGCUACCUAAUAUCACAUCAUCAUAUCAACAUGAAACUCAAACUCCCUCAAACACUGCGUUACCGCUACCUAAUAUCACAUCAUCAUAUCAACAUGAAACUCAAACUCCCUCAAACACUGCGUUACCGCUACCUAAUAUAACAUCAUCAUCUCAACACGAAACUCAAACUCCCUCAAACACUGCGUUACCGCUACCUAAUAUAACAUCAUCAUCUCAACACGAAACUCAAACUCCCUCAAACACUGCGUUACCGCUACCUAAUAUCACAUCAUCAUAUCAACAUGAAAGUCAAACUCCCUCAAACACUGCGUUACCGCUACCUGACACCACAUCAACAUCUCAACGGGAAACUCAAACUCCCUCAAACACUGCGGUACCGCUACCUAACAUCACAUCAACAUCUCAACGCGAAACUCAAACUCCCUCAAACACUGCGUUACCGCUACCUAACAUCACAUCAACAUCUCAACGCGAAACUCAAACUCCCUCAAACACUGCCUUACCGCUACCUAAUAUCACAUCAACAUCUCAACACAAAACUCAAACUCCCUCAAACACUGCGUUACCGCUACCUGACACCACAACAUCAUCUCAACGCAAAAAUCAAACUCUCUCAAACACUGCGUUACCGCUACCUAACACCACAUCAUCAUCUCAACACGAUACUCAAACUCACUCAAACACUGCCUUACAGCUACCUAACGUCACAUCAACAUCUCAACACACACUUCAAACAGUAAGUACACCACAGAUUCCACUACCAGAUGUCACAUCAUCAUCUCAACACAAUUAUACAACUCUUAGUACAUCGCAUAUAUAUCUACCUAAAGUCACAUCAACAUCUCAACAUACGUCUCAAACGACCUCAAAUACAACACAGUUAUUGUUACCAAACGUUACAUCAGAAUAUCAACACACAACUCAAAUUGUCUCAACUACACCACAGUUACCCCUAUCAAACGUCCCAUCAACAUCUCGCCACACUACUCCAUCUGCCUCAACUUCAACACAGUUACCUUCAACUAAUGUCCAAUCAUCUCAACACACGACUCAAACUACCUCAACUACUCAGAUACCCAUACUUAACGUCCCAUCAACAUAUCAAUACAACUCACAAUACGCCUCAAGUACAACACAUUUACUCCUAUCUGACAUCACAUCAACAUCUCAACACAAAACUCAAACUCCCUCAAACACUGCGUCACCGCUACCUGACACCACAACAUCAUCUCAACACGAAACUCAAACUCCCUCAAACACUGCGUCACCGCUACCUGACACCACAUCAUCAUCUCAACACGAAACUCAAACUCACUCAAACACUGCCUUACUGCUACCUAACACCACAUCAUCUCAACACACGCUUCAAACAGUAAGUACACCACACAUUCCACUACCAGAUGGCGCAUCAUCAUCUCAACACAAUAAUACAACUCUUAGUACAUCGCAUAUAUAUCUACCUAAAGUCACAUCAACAUCUCAACAAACGAAUCAAACAGCCUCAACGACAAUACAGUUCUUCUUACCUAUAGUCGCAUCAACAUAUGAAGACACUACUCAAAUUGUCUCAACUACACCACAGGUACCCCUACCAAACAUCACAUCAACAUCUCAACACAAAACUCAAACUCCCUCAAACACUACGUUACAGCUACCUAACACCACAUCAACAGCUCAACACGAAACUCAAACUCCCUCAAACACUGCAUCGCCGCUACCUGACACCACCUCAUCAUCUCAACACGAAACUCAAACUCACUCAAACACUGCCUUACUGCUACCUAACACAUCAUCAGCUCAACACACGACUCAAACAACCUCAACUACAAUACAGUUAUUCUUACCUAUAGUCGCAUCAACAUAUGAAGACACUACUCAAACUGUUUUAACUACAUCACAGGUAUCCCUACCAAACAUCACAUCAACAUCUCAACAGACAACUCAUACUGUAAGUGGAACACAGACACCCUUACUUAACGUCAAAUCAACAUCUCAACACGUGACUCAAACUGUGACUACAACACAAACUAUGACCACACCGCAAAACCCUAUACGGAACGUCACAACAUCCACCAAAACUGUUUUAACUACACCACAGCCACCACUACUUAACGUCAUAUCCACAUCUCAAUCCAAACUUCAAACUAUGCAAACAUCGCAAAAAUCCCUACAUAACGUCUUAUCAACAUCUCAACACACGACUCAAACUGUAAAUACGCCACAGGAAUCCCUAUCAAAUAUCACGACAAUUUCUCAACACAAGACUAAAACUGCCUCAAGUACCACACCUAACGUCACAUCAACAUCUCAACAAAAGUCCCAAUCUGUCUCAACUACAACAUAUUUCAUCCUACCCAACGUCACGUCGACUUCUCAAUACAAAACUCAGACUGUCUCAACUUCUCAGUUGCCCCUACCUAAUGCCACAUCAUCAUCCCAACACACGUCUCAAACUGUAACUACACAGCGAAAAUUCCUACCAAAUAUCACAUCGACUUCCAAUUCUCAACACACUUCUGACUAUGCCUUACCUACAACACAAUUACUCCUACAUAAAGUCACAUCGACAUCUCAAUACAUGAAUGAAAUUGUAACAAAACCACAGAAAUUCCUACCAAACGUCACAUCAACAUCUCAACAAACACCACUAAAUGUAAAUACACCGCAGGAAUCUAUACCAAGUGUCAAAUCAACAUCUCAACACAUGACUGAAAAUGUCUCAACUGCACAACAAGUACCCUUCCCUAACAUCAUAUCAACAUCUCAAGAAACAAUUCUAACUGUAACUACACCACAAAAAUCUCACCCUAACGUCCCAUCAAUAUAUCAAUACAACUCCCAGUACGCCUCAAGUACAACACAGUUCCUCCUAUCUGACAUCACAUCAACAUCUCAACACGAAACUCAAACUCCCUUAAACAUUACGUUACCGCUACCUAACCCCAUAUCAACAUCUCAACACAAAACUCAAACUCCCUCAAACACUGCCUUACCGCUAUCUGACACCACAUCAACAUCUCAACACGAAACUCAAACUCCCUUAAACACUACGUUACUGCUACCUAACCCCAUAUCAACAUCUCAACGCAAAACUCAAACUCCCUCAAACACUGCCUUACCGCUAUCUGACACCACAUCAACAUCUCAACACGAAACUCAAACUCCCUUAAACACUACGUUACUGCUACCUAACCCCAUAUCAACAUCUCAACGCGAAACUCAAACUCCCUCAAACACUACGUUACCGCUACCUAACACCACAUCAGCAUCUCAACACGAAACUCAAACUCCCUCAAACACUGCGUUACCGCUACCUAACACCACAUCAACAUCUCAACAUCAAACUCAAACUCCCUCAAACACUGCCUUACCACUACCUAACACCACAUCAACAUCUCAACACAAAACUCAAACUCCCUCAAACACUGCGUUAUCGCUACUUAACACCACAUCAACAUCUCAACACGAAACUCAAACUCCCUCAAACACUGCCUUACCGCUACCUAACACCACAUCAACAUCUCAACACAAAACUCAAACUCCCUCAAACACUGCCUUACAGCUACCUAACACCACAUCAUCAUAUGAACACGAAACUCAAACUCCCUCAAACACUGCGUUAUCGCUACCUAACACCACAUCAACAUCUCAACACGAAACUGAAACUCCCUCAAACACUGCCUUACGGCUACCUAACACCUCAUCAACAUCUCAACACGAAACUCAAACUCCCUCAAACACUGCGUUACCGCUACCUAACAUCACAUCAACAUCUCAACACGAUACUCAAACUCCCUCAAACACUACGUUACCGCUACCUAAUAUCACAUCAUCAUCUCAACACGAAACUCAAACUCCCUCAAACACUGCGUUACAGCUACCUAACAUCACAUCAACAUCUCAACACGAAAUUCAAACUCCCUCAAACACUACGUUACCGCUACCUAACACCACAUCAACAUCUCAACACAAAAUUCAAACUCCCUCAAACACUACGUUACCGCUACCUAACACCACAUCAUCAUCUCAACACGAAAGUCAAACUCCCUCAAACACUGCGUUACAGCUACCUAACACCACAUCAACAUCUCAACAUCAAACUCAAACUCCCUCAAACACUGCGUUACCGCUACCUAACACCACAUCAUCAUCUCAACACAAAAUUCAAACUCCCUCAAACACCACGUUACCGCUACCUAACACCACAUCAACAUCUCAACACAAAACUCAAACUCCCUCAAACACUGCGUUACCGCCACCUAAUAUCACAUCAACAUCGCAACACAAAACUCAAACUCCCUCAAACACUGCGUUACCGCUACCUAACAUCACAUUAACAUCUCAACACAAAACUCAAACUCCCUCAAACACUACGUUACCGCUACCUAACAUCACAUUAACAUCUCAAUACACGCUCCAAACAGUAACCACACCACAAAUUGCACUACCAGAUGUCGCAUCAUCAUCUCAACACAAUAAUACAACUCUUAGUACAUCGCAUAUAUAUCUACUGAACGUACUAUCGACAUCUCAAACAACCUCAAAUACACCACAGUUACCCCUAUCAAACGUCACAUCAGAAUCUCGACACACGAAUCGCACUGACGCAGUCGCAACAACGUUACCUUUAGAAGUCACAUCAACAUAUGAAGACACAACUCAAAUUGCCUCAACUACUCUACAGUUACCCCUAUCAAGCGUCACAUCAACAUCUCGCCACACGACUUCAUCUGCCUCAACAUCACAGUUACAUUCACUUAAUGUCAAAUCAUCUCAACACACGACUCAAACUACCUUAUCUACACCAUCAUCACCUCUACCUUACACCGGACUGAAAUCUCAAUACACGAUCCAAACUGUAACUACGCCGCAGGAAUCCCUAUCAAAUGUCACUUCAACAUCUCAACACACGUCUCAAUCUGUCUCAACUACUCAGUUAUCCCUGUCUAACGUUACAUCAAAAUAUCAACACACAACUCAAUUUGCCUCAACCACAACAAAGGUACUCCUAUCUAAUGUCGUAUCAUCAUCUCAACAAAAGACUCAAACCACUGAUACACCACAGAAACCCCUACCUAACGUCACAUCAACAUCUCAACACACGUCUCAAACUGCCUCAAUCACAACACAGUUACCUUCACUUAAUCUCACAAUAUCUCAACACACGACUCCAUCUCCCUCAACUUCAACACAGUUAUCCUUGCAUAAUGUUGCAUCAUCUCAAAACGUGACUCAAUCUGUAACUACACCGCAGAAAUCCCUAAGUACUGUCACAUCAACAUCUCAACAAACGACUCAAACUGCCUCACCUACACCACAAAUACCCCUACACAACGUCACAUCAACAUCUCAACACUUAGCUAAAACUGCUUCGACUACACCACAGUUACACCUACCUAAUGUCGAUUCAUCAUCUCAACAUUCAACUCAAACUGUAACUUCACCUCUGAAAUCCUUACCUAACGUCACAUCGACAUCUCCAAACACGACUCGUACCGUUUCAAAUAACUCUGGAUCUACUAUCAACUCCCUGAUCAGUUUAAGCACAGCAUAUGCAAAUGUUCCCUCUACAAUUUCAAGCCUAAUAACCACAACAAACAAUUCCAUAAGAACCCAAACUGCCUUGUGUGAUGGAAGAAGUCUUCGUUUGAAAUUAAUCGGAAAGAAUAAUGUUCCCCUAGACCUGGACAUUUCAAAAUUGGACACUUUGAUGUUCCAGACACAACAAAGAGUCGUGUAUAAAUGUGCAAGUGAUCACAGACUGAUGAAUGGAUCUUUAACACAAGUUUGUAAAGAUGGACAAUGGCGAGGAGAGGUGCCUUACUGCAAAAGGUGCAAAUGUCCUUGUAGUCGGAUGAAGCACCAGGUUAUCAUAAAGACACCAGACGAACUCCAAAACAAAAUCAGGACCGUAGUUAAACAGCUCCAAGUGAAAAAAUCUGAUUUAUCUAAACAGACGAGCAGGAAGAUUUCCGCCGCAGAUCCGCGGACCUCCGCAAAAGUUGUAGGAUCUGUUCUUGGUACAGGAAUCAUCACGCUUGUUGUGUUGUUCAUUGUGGUGUUGGACCUACCUGUGUUCUAUAGACAUAUCCGACACGGUCCGUACGCUUAAACAUGUCAGAUCUCAACCAGCAACAUCGCCAUUGUAUGAAAAGCAAUGGAGUAGUUUAUUUACUGGAGAUCGAAUUGUUGCAUGCAAUACACAGCAUUUUUAAAAUAAAAAACAAAAAAAGAUAGAACACCUGUACAGGCUUAAGUCUUUAAAAGUAUUAAAUAGGUACUUCAUAUCUGUUACUGGAGCACGCGUCAGGAAGGCAACAGGAUAACAAAACGAUCUCCUCUUCUACAGAUUGUAGAUACAACACCGACAGUGUAUGUAGAUCUACGGCACUCUUCUUUCUUACAGA